CAAGCAGAGCCUUAAGCAUUUCCUCGUACGACCUCUGCUCUCGCAAUAUCGUUCCAUUUAUUUCUUCAUAGCAACCAAACUCUCUAGAAUUCUAACCAUCCACUCCUCCUCUCCUCUCCCUCCCUCUCACUCACAACAACAACAACAACCAUGGUGGUCUUGUCGAAACCAACAAUUGCAGACUUCCCUCCUAUCAUAAACUGCAAAUCCACCACAUUAUUCCCGGUAAUUCCUACGGUGGACCUCUCAGAGCCCGACUCCAAACACCUUGUCGUGAAGUCCUGUGAAGAGUUUGGUUUCUUCAAGGUGAUCAAUCAUGGCAUCCCACUGGAGCUCAUUUCAAGAUUGGAAACUGAAGUCAUUGAGUUCUUCUCCUUAUCACUUUCUGAGAAACAAAAAGCAGGCCCUCCUGAUCCGUUUGGCUAUGGAAACAGGAGCAUUGGGCCAAAUGGGGAUGUCGGCUGGGUUGAAUAUCUUCUCCUUACAAUGAAUCAGGAACGCAAUUCUCAGAAACUUGCAACAAUUUUUGGCAAAUACCCAGAAAAGCUGUGUUCUGCAUUGAAUGAUUAUGUGUUAGCUGUUAAAAAGAUGGCUUGCGAGCUUCUUGAAUUAAUGGCGGAUGGUUUGAGAAUCAAACCAAGGAAUGUUUUCAGUAAGCUUUUAAAGGAUGAGCAGAGUGACUCUGUUUUCAGGCUAAAUCACUAUCCACCAUGUUCAGAGCUUCAAGCUUCGAAUGGUAAGAAUAUGAUUGGAUUUGGAGAACACACAGACCCUCAGAUCAUUUCAGUUCUAAGAUCCAACAACACAUCUGGACUGCAAAUCUCUUUGGGAAAUGGAAGCUGGAUUUCAGUCCCACCUGAUGCCAACUCCUUCUUCAUCAACGUUGGUGACUCCUUACAGGUGAUGACCAAUGGGAGGUUUAAAAGUGUGAGGCAUAGGGUUUUGGCCAACAGCAUCAAGUCAAGAAUUUCAAUGAUAUACUUUGGAGGACCACCCUUGAAUGAGAAAAUAGCUCCAUUACCCUCGCUCGUGGAAGGAAAGGAGAGCCUCUACAAAGAAUUUACGUGGUUUGAGUACAAAAGGUCUGCUUACAAGUCAAGAUUGGGUGACAACAGGCUUAGCCAGUUUGAGAGGACGGCGGCCGCAUAGUGCUUUUCAACUCCCAUUUUGUUAGGAAAAUGGGCUUUCACACUGGCUCAAACUUGUUAUUCAUCCAUUUUCCCUCUUUCACUGUCCUACUCUACUUCAUGUAACUCCCUUGCUUGUAACUAUCAAAUUAAUACAAGAAUUCACUUUCGGUGUCAACAUUCCA